CAUGACGUCAUUAUCAUUUCAGUCCCUCACAGCUAGUCUGGUACAGAAAAAAAUGGCGGACAUCCGUAAACGGCUAGAGAAAAGAAACGAGGAACGUCUAGAAAACGUGGAAAAAAGGAGAGCCGAAAAAGAAGCACAGAGCCAAGAAAAUGAGAGCAGUGACUUUUUUAAAGAGGCUUUCAACAAAGAGAAGGCGGCUUUAGAAUUAAUGCUAAAUCAAUGUGAAGACCUUGCUGGUGAUAAAACAGCUUUAGUUGCUAGCUUUGACGAGAUGUCUGCUAAAUGUCAACAAAUGCAAAGGAUUUUGGCUGACUCAACUAUGUUUCUUGUAUCUUAUGACGUGAAAUCAGCACAAGAAGUUAUCAACUCACUGCAGCAAAGAGUGAAUGAGAGUCGCGAGAAGUAUCUCCCAAAGAAAAAGUUUGCUUUCAAAGUGAGGAAAAAACAGGCCGAGGAAACGAGCCCAUCCCCUGAAAAAAAGAAUGUUGAUAUUAUAGACGGAAGUGUCAAGCCGUCCCUGGGUGGGGACCAGAGUCAACCUGUAAGGACUUCUAAGGGAUUUCAAGGCAACAAACAUCAGACCUUAAUAAUGUCAGAGCAGGAAACACUGGAUCAAGACAUUGGGUUAUCAGAUCUAGAGAAUUGCACUAUUAAACUAAUGGGCCCUCCUUUAGCUGUGCGAAUGGAUAAACUAAGGAACUGUAUUAUCAUUAGUGGACCAGUGUCUACUGCAAUCUUCAUUGAUGACUGUCAGGACUGUACAUUUAUUGUUGCCUGCCAACAGCUGCGGGUACACCAUACCCAUCGUUCUCUGUUUUACCUGCAUGUUACAAGUCGUGCAAUAAUUGAAGACUCUUCUGGGGUUGGGUUUGCACCUUAUGAUCUGCAGUAUGAAUUGAAAGAGGCACACUUUAAGGCAGCAGGGCUGGAUUUAUAUGAAAAUAAUUGGUCAAUUGUGAAUGACUUUAAUUGGCUCCGAAAAGACGAGCAUUCACCCAAUUGGUACAUAAUUGCUGAGAAUGAGAGAAAAUCAGCAUCGUCCUUUUAGUACUAUAAGCCAACAGCACAUUCUUCUAAACAGAUAAAAGAGAUUUCUAUUAGCUCAAAUCUUCUUGCUCCCUAUUGUUUUUGUAUUGUAUAUGUUUUUAGCAUUAUGAACCAUUGAGUUACAGCUAGAGAACUAGGAUCUAAGGAAAUAUAAUGAACUGUGUUGUAGAAAAUGAGAAAUCUUUUAGGAGCAUGAGUUGAUGAUCACUAAAAUGCUCACUAAAGAAAGAUAACCAUAUUAUAAGAAAAAAUAAAGCAUCUACAUACCCUA